AUGUGUGCCCUCAAGCGGUCUCAACGUCCCUGCAUGGGCCACGGUAGUGCCGAUGAUCUGCCUCUUGAUCGAUUCCUGUCUGCCGGUGGUUUAAACCAUUUCGAGUUAAGCACAGCUCCAACUGCCCUGGUCCUGGCGCAAUACGGCCCAGACAAUCCCAAUGAAAGUGAUGUAACGCCCACAGGUGACGCAGCUGUUCAUCUGCAAGUGCAAUCUUGGACAAACUCACUCCAUUCCAACAUCUCAAAGCUCAAGCAUUCCCAAGACGAGCCAGAAACCAUGGGUGCCAAAUCUGGGUUGGGACUGAAGUUCCUUCAGUGGUUCAUUCGGGGCAUCGAGUUCUGCUGCGCCGCCGUGGUCCUCGCCCUCUACUCGUACUUCCUCGCCACGCUGCACAACCACGACCUGCCCAUCGCGACCUACAUCCGCGCCGUCGAGGGCAUCUCCGGCGCCGCUGUCCUCUACACCAUCCUCGGCCUGCUGCUGCUCUGCUGCCUCGCCGGCUUCGCCCUCACCUCCUUCAUCGCCAUCGUGCUCGACGUCGCCUUUGCCGGCGCCUUCAUCUACGUUGCUACUGCCAACCGCGGUGGAGCCAGCUCGUGCUCCGGCUACGUCGACACCCCCUUCGGCUCGGGCGACGCCGACAACCACGUCACCGACGAUGGCCACGGCGGGUUCACCCAUCUGCCCAGCCUCCGCACGGCGUGCAGGAUGGAGACUGCUUGUCUCGCCGUCUCCAUCGUAGCUGUCAUCUUCUUCCUCCUCUCGGCCCUCAUGGAGGUCGCCCUCGUCCGCCACCACCGCAAGGAGAAGCGCUUCGGCCCGGGCCCCCAGAACAACUACACCUCGGGCUACGGCAGCCGCCGCAAGGGCCUGUUCGGCUGGCGCCGCCGCCGCCACGAUCGCGCCGCCGCCGCCGCCAACGAGAACGCCCUGCCCGAGCACACCCACCCCAGCGCGAUGCGCGACAGCUACGCCACCGAGGCGACCGCCGUGGGCGACGGCCGCGUGAGCAGCACCUACCCCAAGCACGGCGAGGCGGGCUACGGCCACGCCGGCGCCGGAGCUGCUGGCGUCGGCACCGGCCCUGUGCACCCCGACCCCGCCUACGGGCACACCGGCGUCGUCGGUGGCGUGCACGGCACGGAGCCCGCGACCUAUCCCGCCGGUGGGAACUACCGCUACGACGACGGUGUCUACACCCGAGGCACUGCUGUCUAG